AUGCGUCCCUACAAGUGGGCAUUGGCUUUGCUCUCCUGCCUUGGGGCUGGCGCAGUAGCCGAAAAUGCGACGGAUUCCCAAUGGCCUCUUGACAAUGACGGAUUGACCAACGUUGUCGAAUGGGAUCACUACAGCUUCCUCAUUAAUAACGAGCGUGUCUUUAUCUUCUCCGGAGAAUUCCACUACUGGCGCAUCCCAGUUCCUGAGCUCUGGAUCGAUAUCCUCGAGAAGAUCAAAGCUCUCGGGUUCACUACCUUUUCGAUUUACGUCAAUUGGGGGUACCACGCCCCGAACAACUACACCGUGGACUUCUCUACCGAGGCUCAUGAUAUCACUCCGGUCUUUGAGCUGGCAGAGAAGGUUGGCUUGUACCAGUUGGUCCGACCAGGGCCUUAUAUCAAUGCGGAGACGAACGCCGGCGGAUUCCCUCUCUGGCUGACUACUGGGGCCUAUGGGACCCUGAGGGACAACGAUACCCGCUAUAUUGACGCACUGGAGCCUUACUGGUCGAAGAUCUCCCAGCUCACUAGUGACUACAUGAUCACAGAGGGUCACAACGCGAUUUGCUAUCAGAUUGAAAACGAGUAUAGCGACCAGUGGCUCACUGAUGCCACCGAGAGGGUCCCUAAUGAGACUGCGAUUGCUUAUAUGGAGAUUCUCGAAGCCAGUGCCCGUGCUAACGGAAUCAAGAUUCCUCUCACUGUAAAUGAGGCCAAUACAGGCGCUCUUUCUUGGAUCCCUACUUGGUCUGACGCUGGCGGAAACGUUGAUGUCACUGGUUUGGACUCGUAUCCUGCGUGCUGGACCUGCGCUACUGCUGCAUGCGGAGAUGUGGUGCCGUACGAGGUUGUCGACUACUACGCUUACUUCCAAUACUCGCAGCCGACGUUGCCGUCCUUUAUGCCGGAAUUCCAGGGCGGCGGUUACAACCCGUGGGGAGGCCCUGAAGGCGGAUGCGAGAAUGCCACUGGGACGGAAUGGGUGAAUCUGUUUUACAGAUGGAAUGUCGCCCAGCGUGUCACGGCGAUGAGUUUGUACAUGAUCUAUGGCGGAACGAACUGGGGUGCAACCGCCACCACAGUAACGGCUACUAGUUACGACUACUCUGCCGCUAUCUCUGAGGAUCGGUCUAUCGGAACAAAGUACUAUGAGAUCAAGCUGCUCGCCCUGUUUACCCGGAGUGCAACCGACCUUACCGAGACCGACAUGAUUGGUAAUGGGACGCAGUACACCAACAACGCUGCGAUCAAGGCCUUCGAGCUGCAGAACCCGAAGACCAAGGCUAGGUUCUACCCUACCUUCCACAAUGACACGACCUCUGAUACCAACGAGGUCUUCAAUUUGAAGGUCAACACUUCGGAAGGGGCCUUGACUAUUCCGCGACACGGCAAUUCUAUUCGGUUGAAUGGCCACCAGUCAAAGAUCAUCGUCACUGACUUCACAUUCGGGGAUAAGACCCUGUUGUACUCUACUGCAGAGGUGCUGACCUACGCUAUAUUCGACAGCAAGCCGACGUUGGUCCUCUGGGUGCCCACUGGCGAGUCUGGAGAAUUCAACAUCAAGGGCGCGAAAUCCGGAUCUGUUGAGCGAUGCGAUGGUUGCUCCGGCGUUGGUUUCUACCCGGAACUUGGCGGAGUCACUGUCAAGUUUACCCAGUCCGAGGGCAUGACCGUUUUAAGUCUGAACGAUGGAACUCGUGUUGUCGUUCUUGACAGAACGACAGCCUACUACUUCUGGGCUCCAGCUUUGACCAACAACCCCACAGUGCCGGAUACAGAGAGUGUCCUGGUUCAGGGCCCGUAUUUGGUACGCGGAGCUACGUUGUCGGGCUCUACCCUGUCGAUCACGGGUGACGUUGUGAAUGCGACGACACUAGAGGUCUUUGCCCCUUCGUCGGUCACGACCAUCAAAUGGAACGGGAGAAAAUUGUCGACCUCGGCGACGUCGUAUGGUAGUCGCCAGGUAUCUCUUGACGCUGCUCCUGCGAUUAAAUUGCCUGCUCUAAGCUCUUGGAAAUCGAAUGACAGCCUGCCGGAACGGUUUGCUUCAUACGAUGACUCUGGCCUCGCCUGGGUUGCUGCUGAUGAUAUGACGACGCCCAAUCCCGAAGCUCCGGAGACUUUGCCUGUCCUCUAUGCCGAUCAAUAUGGCUUCCACAACGGAGUUCGUCUCUGGCGUGGCUACUUCACCGGCAGUGCAACGGGAGUGUAUCUGAAUGUCCAGGGAGGGGAAGCCUUUGGCUGGUCUGCCUGGCUGAACGGGGACCUGGUGGGCUCAUGGCUCGGAAAUGCAGACGACGAGCUGUACAACUUGACGCUCUCAUUCAGCAACGUGACGGUCAACACGGACUCAACCAACGUGCUGCUAGUCGUGCACGAUGACACGGGCCACGACGAGACAACGGGGGCGCUCAAUCCGCGCGGGAUCCUAGGUGCAGAGCUACAGGGCCGGACCAACUCGACGCAGUUCUCGCACUGGCGCGUGGCAGGCACAGCGGGCGGGGAGUCUAACCUGGACCCCGUGCGCGGCGUGUACAACGAGGACGGCCUGUACGCGGAGCGAGUCGGCUGGCACCUGCCGGGCUUCGACGACAGCGCGUGGAGCGACACCACGGACCCGAGCGACGGCUUCACGGGCGCCACGGUGCGCUUCUACCGGACCGUCGUGCCGUUGGCCCUCCCCACGGACGUGGACGUGUCCAUCUCCUUCCUCCUCUCGACCGUCACGGACAACACAGCCUUCCGCGUCCAGCUGUUCGUGAACGGAUACCAGUACGGCCGGUUCAACCCGUACAUCGGCAACCAGGUGGUGUUCCCCGUCCCGCCGGGCAUCCUGGACUACCAGGGCGACAACACGAUCGGGCUGGCGGUCUGGGCGCAGACAGAGGCCGGGGCGCAGGUCGGACUCGACUGGCGCGUCAACUAUGUGGCCGACAGCUCGUUGGACGUCUCCUUUGACGGCAGUGCGUUGAGGCCUAAAUGGACGGAGGAGAGACUUCAAUACGCGUAG